AUGGUUCAGCAAUCAAAGGUCUUGAGCUCCUCGCUCGGCGCUCGACAGCUUUCCGCCGAGGCGACCAACAUCAAAGAGAAACGCAGCGAUGAACCCAACGAUGUCGUUUUCGAGAGCAAGUAUGGUCUGCGAACCAUCAUGCUUAACCGACCGAAGAAGCUCAACUCGCUCAAUGCCUCAAUGAUCCGAAAGAUUGUGCCCAGACUGGUUGAGUGGGAAAAGUCUGACCUCGCCAACAUUAUCGUCAUGAAGGGUGCUGGUGAAAAGUCUCUAUGUGCUGGAGGUGACGUCGCUGCACUCGCCAAACUGAACCAGGAGAGUCCCGAUGGAUGGCAAAAGUCAGCCCAGUACUUCGCUCUCGAAUACAAGCUCGAUCACUACAUUGCGACAUAUAACAAGCCCUAUAUCGCGUUCAUGGAUGGUAUCACUAUGGGUGGUGGUGUUGGUCUAAGCACCCAUGCUCCUUUCAGAAUCGCAACCGAAAAGACCGUCUUUGCCAUGCCCGAGACCACGAUUGGAUUCUUCCCCGAUGUCGGCGCCUCUUUCUUCCUUCCUCGAAUGAACGGAUCCGUCGGAACUUACCUUGCGCUGACCAGCGAGCGACUCUCCGGCCCUAACGUAUUCUACUCCGGUAUUGCCACCCACUACCUGCACUCGACCAGCUUGCCCGACCUCGAGGCCCGUCUGGCCGAACUACGAUUCCGUGACAGCGAUACUCUGCCUGAGCGACUGGCACUCAUCAAUGAGACACUUGAGGAGUUCAGCACAGGCCUUCCCUAUGAUCAGCCCAUGACACUAAGCGGUGAGAUCCGCCAGGCAAUAGACCGAUGCUUCAACAAGCACUCCAUCAACGAGAUCAUUGCUGCCUUGCAGGCUGAGCGGGGUCCCACAGAGGAGUGGGCACAGAAGCAGCUCAAGACUCUGCAGAAGCGAUCACCCACGGCUGUGCACGUGGCUCUCCGCCAAAUGCGCGUUGGUGGCGAGUGGGAUAUCGCUGAGACCUUCAAGAGGGAGCACCAGAUUGCUACCAAGUUCAUGCAGCACCCCGAUUUCACCGAGGGUGUGUCGGCCCUCCUCGUCCGAAAGGAGACGCCUAAGUGGCAGCCUGAGUCUCUGGAGGCCAUUGGUGGUACCAACGUGGCCAAGCCCUUCUUUGAGUACAAUUCUGAGAACGAGCUGAGGCUCUUCACCGAUCGCACAUUCAAGGAAUACCCUCACCGACAACUUGGUGUGCCCUCCGAGAAGGAGAUUGAGAAGGUUCUCUCAAGAGGUACCUACACCCAGCAGGAGCUGGCUAACGAGAUCAUCGCUUCACGCAACGGUCGCCAGGGCAUCUCAGAUAUUACCAAGGAAAUCAUCGCACGCAAGACCACGGUGACAGACCAAGGAAAGGCUGUGUGGGUGAAGGAUGAGUCGCUACCAGGAAGCCGACUGUGA